AACCGAUGUCAUCAGGACGACUCUCGACAAGCGAAGUUGUACACUAGAUGACAAUUGCUGGCGACGCGUGUGCGCAUCGUGCGAAAUGACCUGGACAUGGGCAUCAUCCUAUCCACGACACGAUAUGCGCCGUUCGCUUUCAUCUCCGGAAUAAUUGGGAUCGUGUCGUUCGUCUUCACCUUGACAACAUGGCUGAAAGUGCUAUGGACCAAUUUCGAGACCAUGGGGCAGGCGCCCCAUGAAGUCCAUGCCUACCUGACGAACAUACGAACAGAACUUCUCGAGGAAAGAGCUAGCAUUCGCAUCAUGCGAAAGCAAUGUAAGAAGUAUUACAAACAAGUGAGGCAGAAUGGCGGGGAUACUUUAGCCGGACUGGAGCUGGACGAUGCGACUUUGAAGACAAUGGGCGAUACUGUCAAGUAUCUGAUGCGUCAGUUUCAGGAUAUUGAGCAACCUUUCCUCGAACCUGGCAGCGACGGGAUCGCGAAUUUCGAGAAGCACGAACGGCAGCGAAGGCGAAGGAAAAACAGCUCCAUUAGUCCUUACUACGAGCAUUCGGCAUACGCAUCACCUACAACCAAAAAAGUCGAUAGAGCAAGGUCUAGAACAGGCAGCAGGGGAAGGCGUAGAGCUCAGCAGCAAGAGGAUGAAGAGGAUGAUGCGGAAACUUACUGGGCGCAGAGGACACAAUACCGCAAAUUUGGCUUCGCAUGCAGGUUCGCCUGGCUUAAGAAGAAGUCACAAGCUCAGGACCUGUUUGCAACUCUGAGCAGAGUACAAAUCAGGCGGAUAGCAAGACAGGUUGGCGAUUUGAGCAUGCUUGUUCAUCAGUAUGGAGGCGCGACUGCGAGGACGGAGGAGAUGCUGAUGAGGAUCGAGGACAGAUUGUCCAAUAUUGUUGGCGUUCGCAGGAUUGAGUGAAGUGAGACUUUUCUCACGCUCUCAUCACACCUGGUCCACGACCUGGCGCAAGCGUUUCUCGCCACGAUGACCACUAAAUACAUGCUUCCUUCUCGGGACUUGGACUGCAACGGGUACUCUACACACAGCACGAGUUCGUCAUUAGCGACAUGUUCUCGCCCCGAAGCAAGUCCGUGUAACCGUCCGAAAUACAUAUCUCGGAAGACCAGUGCCGCUCGGCAGCAGAAGCAGCCAUUCAUUCAUCACGAAGAGAACCGCCAGCUUUGCCAUAUGAAAGCAGGCAAACAACAUUUCGAUUCUCACCAUAAUUCGAUAAAGCCCUUACUUUUCGCCCC